AUGGAAGAAGGAUCUGAUGGUCCUAAGGACACAUUCACAGUUGUCCCGGGGUUCAUGCAACUCUCAAAGCAAUGGCAACAAGCUUCUCCGAAUGCUUCGUACCAUAUCACCAUGUAUGAGACUGGAUGGCCAGUUAAAGUCACAAGACUCAUUAGGGUUUCGGAAGAAGACACGAAGAAAUGCGCUCGCAUCACAUGCAAUACAUAUGCUCGAGAACGGCCAAAAGAUGGUUCCUCAGACUUCAAUUCCGCAAACCAAAUCAGGAUAGAACUCGAAUUGCUAGAUCCCUUUUACAUUACCGUUCGUUCUAAUGAUAACUGGAGGCAAUUGUUUCUUCUACAGUUCCACCACGCAUGCAUGAAACUCUUUAUCAGUUUCCUCAACAUCUUGGAAGCAGACGAGAUCGACCACGCAGAUGAUGCAGCCACAAACCCUAGCAAGGCCGAGCUUCGGCAGUGGAAUUUGAAGACAAUCAUCAAGCGGUCGUACGAAUAUCAAGACCUUGCAGAGAUGGGUCGUAAAUUAAUAUGCACCACGGAAUCUCUGAUUGAUGUUGUGAGAUCGAUGUCUCCAGUCGUUGACACACCACUUCAUACGAAUAAGUUCAUGGCAAUUGACAUGGAAUUGCGAGGGCUCUGUCGGGAGGCAAGGGAGCAACUUCAGAACUUCUCUGAUCGACUUGAUCACGAUCUGAAAUACCUUGAACUCGCACGGAACAUCAAUCAAAAUAGGAGCGUCCAACAACUUACCCUCUUGGCCACAAUCUUUCUGCCUCUAUCGCUCGCUGCCGGUGUUCUGAGCAUGCAAACGAGGUUCAAAGAUCUAGGGACACUUCUGUACGACUUCUUCGGCGUGGUGGUGCUUCUCGCGGCUAUCGUUCUCAUUAUCAUGAUCCUGUUGAGUCUGGUGGCUGUUGUAAAAGAAUUAGACAGUAAAUUUCUUCGAAACGAAUCAUAUAGAGAGAGUUUCAGAGGAAAGUUUCUGUUAGCGGUCAACAUUGGCUUCUUUGUCUUUGGAUGCCUGGUACUGUCGUCCUUCUUGGUUGGAAUGUUUAAAGAUGUUACGCUUGGUGCCAGAAUCCUUUGGUACGGGGUUGCAGCGAUUUGCGGGUUAUGGGUUGUUGCGUUUUGGCUGGUUCUUGGUGGCAUCAUGACUGAGGACUUGCGCUUUUGA